UCUCUCUCUCUCAAAAAUAAAUAAACAUUAAAAAAAUUAAGAAAAAAUGCUUAGAAACUUAGUCUCAGCAUGUCAUUUUACCCUUACAUCCUUCAUAAACAUCUCUAGAAAAUAUGGUCAUUUUCUUGUAUAAACCAUAAUGCUACUAUUAUACCGAACAAUAUAAACCACAAUUUCUUGAUAUCACCCAGUACCCAGGCAAAAUCAAAUUUCCUGGAAGGUCAGGAAUGCCUUUGGACAGUAAUUUUCUUCUAAUUAGGAUCCAUGUGAGUCCACCCAUCACAUCUGCUCUCUUUAUUCUUUCAGUCUAGAGCCAGCAAGCUCCCCUUCUUUCCCUGUUUGCCCCAUGUCAUUGACUUAUUGUGUAAGUGGGGUCAGGUGUCCUGUAGAGGAUCCCACCUUCUGAAUUUGUUCCUUUUGGUGUCCUUUAACUUGUUUCACUGUACCCUGAAUGGAAACUUUUCUCCUUAUUUUGAAUGCAAGCCUGAGGGGCUCAACUUGUUGGCUGUUAACAUACACCACAUAUUAACACAGUGGAGGGAGAGGAUAUGGCUUGUAAUUGCAGUGGUGAAGACCCGAGAAUGCAUCUACUAAUUAGCAGCUACAUGAGGGUUUGACAUAAGGUCCUUGUUAAGGGUUGUUGCGUCUGCUGGAACUCACAAACUUUACUGUAGAGAAUUAGAGAUCUCAUAUGAGAAGGCUGUAGAAAUACUCAUUGUGGUAAAUUCCAACAGAAUGAAUCUCCAGACAUUCUUCAAGUAACUGACAUGUCAGCCUAAAAAGACACUGUCCGAGUUGGAGGCCCCCAAAUUCCCUUUUGUUCCAAACCUUUGUGUGAUGGCAGUGGUUUCUCUGAUAUGGUAAACUUUGGUUUCCCUCCAUUUUCUUUCUAAGUGAUCUCUGGAGCCCAGAGGAGUUAGAGACAUGAACUACGACCCCUUGUAUGACUUCCAUAGAUAACAAACCAGGUGCCAGCAUGUUUGACAGUUCCUUUCAUAAACUGAAGUUAAUGAAAGUCGUGAAAAUAAUGGUUACUUUCUGGUGUUGGUAGGAGUUAGGAGAUCUUUGGCUCAACAGAAUAAGCAUGGUUCUUCAUGUUUUUGCUCUAGACAGAAAGCAGCAGGUAUAUCGUAUUUGGACACAAACCUGACUCCCGUUAGAGUGUUGAAGGAUUGCAGGACUCAUAGAGGUACGGGGCAAGUCUAUCUGCUUUUUCAUCCAAUGUUCAAAAAUAAGCUGGUUGAACUCUGUAACUUACAGUUUUGUGAAUUUCCUACAAAACAGCAAGGGCUGUAAAAGGGUUUGGCUAGAAUAUGUGAACUUUUUGUUUCAGUGCCAGUUACUUGGGACGAUUAAAGGAAUGACUCUUGGCCAGAAGACUUGAGUCCCCAAGCUGCCAUGCUCAGCUUGUGUGUUCCCAAGUGGGGCCAAGUGUGGAUUGCUUCCAAAAGGGUAGAAGAGGUGGCCCUUUGGCUUCUUGUUCCAGGGUUCCCGUCCUGUCCACCUGUCCAUGAGAAAAUACGGAUGAUUUCAGUGGACCCUGGAUGAGCUUGUCGCCUCUGAUUCUCUUCACCAGCUGGAGUUCCAUUCCCGGACUAGAUGUCUUCAUCAGUGACUUCAGAAACCACGUUCAGAUGGGCUUAGCUGUGCUGAUAUGGUAUACUAAGAACAACUGGACUUUUCUCUGCUGCUUCCAGCUGGCCAACUUUCUUCACCCCUGCAAGCGUUGUGAAAGAUUUCUUUACAUUCUUAAUCUCCUCUCUGUUUCUCCCCAAAGUGUGCUUUGAUGCUUAAAGAGGGAAGGCAUGGAGGUAUGUAUACCUUUGGGGUUCCCGGGGAUGGACUUGCACCAUGCUCAGCUGCUUGAGUGAGCAUGAGGAUCCCUGAUGCCAUCCAUCUGUAUACUCAUACAGCACAUACCUGCAAAGGGCCUUCUGUGUGCCCCAGGGGGAGUGGGCGCAUUGAUGUAUUGGGGGAAGGUGGAAACAGAUUCAGGUGGAGAACUGUUUCAGACUGUCUCCCAGCAGCUGCUCCAGGAGACCACUGUGGGAAUGUCAGCCACAAGCCCAGAAGAAUUUAGGAGGCAUAUGACCAAAGAAGGCAGUAGGGGGUAUAGGAAGAGCUGAUCCCUGAGGGAGAGAAUGUAGAGAAAGAAGCUGAAGUAUGAAUCUUGGGGACAUUAAUCAGAGUGGUUCUUCAUGCUUCACUGUUGAUGAUUUUAAAUGGAGAAACUGAAUAAAUCAGAUGUUAUUUCCCAGUUCAGUGUAUUGGUUGCCUCUAAGAGUAUUUUCCUAACAGGAACAGUCAUAUACACUUGUUUUAGAAUGCCUGUGACAACAAAGGCAUUGUGGUAGUUACUUCCUUUUCUUAGCGAUCAAGAACUUACAUUUGCACAAAUUUGAUCAAUUUAGCCACUAAAGAUUUAGUGCAGCACAGGGCUCCUCAGAUCACUCUGUCUAGAUUUGCCUUGGAAACCAAAGGGGUUAGGUAGGGGUAUGAAAGUAUGGUGAAUAUAUUAAUCCCAAGAAUUGAACCGAGCAAAAACCCUAUUGCUCAUGCACAUAAAGUAUCUCUACCCCACAGGCUUAUCCCCUAAACUCUGUUUAGGAGGAUCGUAUGCACACAAUUACAUCCCCCCAAUUAGCUAGUGCUGGGCAUGGCUAACCUUCUCUGUUUCUACGUUUUCUUGUGUUCUAGCCCCAAACCCAUCAAAAUCUUUUCUGUCAUUCCUGGUGUCUCCAGUCCAGUCUUGUGCCCUGGAGUUAUGCUAUUGGCUUCUAGAACUCAGAGAACUUUGUUUUUCCCUCUUAUAUGACCCUUAUCUCUUUCUAACACAUUAAGGGACUUUGUCUAUCCGAUGGGGAUACUUCUGAAGAAGGAAGGGCUUUUGUCUGCUUUAGCUCUAGCAUCUGUCUCUCACCUUUAGCCUGGAGCUUUAUAGUUCCUGUGUACUCAUAACCCUUUGGCUGACCUGAGGUGCUUAGUCUCCCAGGGAAGACAAGCUGUCUGCAUAGGUCAGAUGGGGAGGAUUUUACUCCAGGGAACUGCAGACUACCACUAUACUGGAAUGCCCAAGAGUGACCUCAUAAAGCAAGGGUUCCUUUUGUGGGCCCUGCUCUGUGGCCUCUCGGGAUCUAGAUGCCAAGGAGAUCUCUAAGCAUAGAUUUUCUGUUGGAUGAUUAAAGCAAAGAAUAAAAAUGGAAAAUUUUUUUGGGAAAAUGCCUCAACAGUUUCAUUACCAGAAGGACACAAGAGUCAUUUCAAGCUCGCUGUUGCAUAAUGCCUCAAAGCCAUUCUAUUCGAGAUUCGGGAGCUUUCAAAGGAAAGAUGCUCAAUGUCAGGAAUUUGUGAAGAGAGUCAUAAUGAGUCAUCUCUUUAAGAUAAUUAUGAUUAGUAUCGUCUCUGUGAAUGCCUUUUUUGUGGUCUUGUGGACUGAUUAUAAUACAAGAUACAACUUAUUCACACUUUGUGAGGUCUCGGAGCUCAUCUUUGUGUCCAUCUAUAGCUCUGAGUUCUGCAUGAAGCUCUACGUGGACCCCAUCAACUACUGGAAGGAUGGCUACAACCUGCUGGAUAUAAUCAUUAUCAUCAUUAUCUUCAUUCCUUACAGUCUCCGCAAAUUCAAGGGCAAGCACUACCCCUACCUCAACAUUGCUGACGGCAUUCAGUCCCUGCGCAUCCUCAAGCUUAUCACCUAUAGCCGUGGCAUCCGGACACUCAUCACCGCCGUGGGGCAGACAGCCUACACCGUGGCCUCCGUGAUCAUCCUACUCUUCGUCCUCAUGUUCAUCUUCGCCGUCUUGGGCUUCUGCCUGUUUGGAGUUCCAGACAGGGGUGACCCGAAUAACUGGGGGAACCUGGCUGUGGCUUUCUUUACCCUCUUCAGCUUGGCUACGGUCGAUGGCUGGACAGACCUACAGGAACAGUUGGAUAAUCGGAACUUGGCUCUCAGCCGGGCAUUCACCAUCAUCUUCAUCUUGCUUGCCUCCUUCGUCUUCCUCAGUAUGUUCGUGGGUGUGAUGAUCAUCCACACUGAGGACUCCAUUAAAAAGUUUGAGCGGGAGCUGAUGGUGGAGAGACAUGUGACGCUCAUGGAGGAGAAGCAGGUGAUUGUGAAGAGGCAGCAGGAAGAGGUCAGCAGGCUGAUGCAGACACAGAAAAAAGGUGACUACAAAAGUUUCAGUGAGCUGGUAGAGAACUUCAAGAAGACCCUGCGGCACACUGACCCCAUGGUCUUGGAUGAUUUUGGCACCAGUCUGCCCUUCAUCGACGUCUACUUGUCCACCCUGGACAACCAGGACACUACGAUCUGCAAGCUUCAGGAGCUGUACUGUGAGAUCGCACACGUGUUGAGCCUGAUGCUUGAAGACUUGCCACAGAAGAAACAGUCCCAGUCCUCUGAAAAGACCACUGAGCAGUAGGGGGCGUGGGCACCAGGUGCCAGUGUGACCUGCAGGGCGUGACAGGCCCCCCAUUAAACACAAGCUUUCUGAACUGACGUCUCUGCAGCAACUUUGGGUUAUGGUGUUUCCCCGCUGCUGGUGUUGGGUCUACGUGGGUGACCACGAAUUCUGAUUGCCUGGGCUACUCCCUCCCUCAACAUGAUAUAGCCGGGCCUGGGGAGUGGGGAGAGAGACGCUCAAGACUUGACCUUGGCCAGAGGCCACAUCCAGGGGCCACAGUGGCUAUCCCCUCCCUUGACCUCAGCAGCGAGGACUUAUUGGGUUCCUGGGAAAGCCACCUCAGGACCCCUAGACCAGGGAGGGCCUCUGGCAGCCCCAUAAGUGUGUAUGGCCCCUUUGAGCUGGUGUAACACCAC